CCUUUACAAAACCCAUCGUCACCAAACUUUUUUUAUUCCGCGCUCCAUACAUUAUUCUUAUAAAGUCCUCAUUUCCAUUAACCCAAUUAAAAUAAAAAUAAAAAAGAAAAAACAUAUUUCUCUCUUAAAAAAAUGGCUCAUAAACAAUUGCUGCACGAGCUGCUCAGAGAAGACCAGGAGCCUUUCCACCUGAAGACCUUCAUCUCCGACCGCCGAUCGCUCCUCAAAAGGCCCUCACCGGCGCCGGCGCCGGCGCUCUCCCCAGCCAAAAUCCCAAAAUCCGUCCAAAUCCCAUCAAAAAGCGGAAAAUCACCGCUCCGAAAUUUCCGGCCGCCUGCCGCCGGCGCGGCGGCCCUCCUCCGCGUUCCGCCGGGAACGGCUGAGCUCCUGGCGGAGGCCGCCGCGAGGAUCCAGAAGCCGCGGAAAUCGAUGUGGCCUCAGAGCAAGGUCCGGAUUACUUCCUCCGGGUCGGGUUUAUUCGGGUCGGUUCUGAAAAUGCUGAAGGACCGGAGCAAAGGAAAAAAUCGUGCUAAUGGGGAACACGAUUUUAAUAAUUCCGGCGAAAAUGAAAAAGUGAAAGGAAUUAAAAUUGAUAAGAAUAUCAGUGACGAUUUUGGGUCGCCGGAAACUCGAUUCAGCCCGUGUCCCCUGAGCCCUUUUAGAUUCUCAGUACCCGAGAGCCCGUCGUCCUCCGGCCGCCGAACGCCGGCGCUCGGCUCGCCGGAGGCGGCCUCCCCUGGCCGCGGCGUAAAGCAGGACGACGAAAAUUACGAAACGGGAGAAAAUUCAAAUAACGUGAAUGGAGAUGACGAGAAGGAACAAUGUAGCCCGGUUUCGGUUUUGGAUAUUUUCUUCGAAGACGAAACAAAUGAAAGCACCAAUGCAAUAGUCGAAGAAGAAGAAGAAGAAGAUGAGGGCCACGAUUAUGAUCCCGAAUGCACCUAUGCAAAUAUGGAAAGAGCCAAACAACAGCUUCUCGACCGGCUCCGGAGGUUCGAGAAGCUAGCCGAACUGGAUCCAAUCGAACUGGAGAGAAGCUUUCUCGAAAAUUCAGAUGACGAGCUCGAUAGGGAAACUGUGUUAUCUUUGGAUGAGGAGGAGGAACACGAGCUGUUAUCCAUGUCCAAAAAACAGUGCAUGGACCGGUUUUUAAACGAGGCAUUUCGCUUGUCGAGCCACGGACAUAAUCCAAGGAAAAUGUCGACUUGCAAGAACCGGAUAUCUUCCGACCUAAUAGUCGAAAACAAAAGCAAAAUAAUUUGCAUGGUGAAAAAUGAAGUGAAAUGGGGGAGAAUAUGCAUUGGAUUGGAUUUGUUCAAAGAAGUAGAUUUUGAUGGAGGGCAAAAGUUGCAUGAAGAGAUUGAAGAGAUUACACAACAAGUGGAGCUAGAGAUUUUUGGGCAGCUUGUGGAGGAGUUAUUAGAAGAGUUUGUUUGAGUAACGUUGUAAUAUGGGAAUUCACUAAGGUUGUAUAUUGAUAUUUUCUUUUGAAAUAAAUACAUUAUAAAUAAUAUUAAUAAAAAUACGACAUUCU